AAGAUGCACUGCAGUGAACGCGGGUGUGUAAACACAACUCUAGGAAACAUGAAACGAUCGGGUGGCAGUGAGAGCGAGAAGAGAAGAAAGAGGCGCAGGCUGCUGCAGGAGCUAGGAGACCAGCGCAUCCCCUACCUCGGGCCCUCAGACCAUGGCUUCCAACAGCUGUGGGAGACUAGCUACUCUGGCCUGGCUCUGCGGCGGUCCUGCUCCCUGCCUGAGGAGCUCCAUGGUCGGGUGGAGGCUGCUCUGUUCACCCUGCGGCGGAGGGGCUGUUUCCUGAGGGACCUGGUGAAGGUGAGGGACCGAGACGUCUUCACCGCCGUGUCCCGGGUGCUGCUGGGUCAGCCAGGAACCACCUAUCGCUAUCUGGACACGCGGCUCUUCACCAUCCCCUGGCACACAGACGAGCAGAGAGGGACCUGCUGCGACCCAGACCUCAGCGCCGCCUGCAAAGCACUCUGGGAGCUCAACUGCUUCUUUUGCUCUGAUGUCGGAGACAGGAAGGAGGGGGAUGUUUUCAAGCAGUGCAGGAAAGAGUUGGUUGGUGCUAUAGAGUCUAAACCCAGUGUAGAAGGAGACACGGAGUCUAAAGAUAGUGAGGAGUCCAAACCCAGUGAUGAUGGAGGAGACUCUGAGUCCAAGCAGAGUGAGGAGGGAGAGACUGAGUCAAAGCACAGCGACGAUUGGGACAUAGAGUCAAAACACAGUGAAGAUGAAGGCUCAUCGUCCAAACAGGAUGCAGCGUGGGAGUCAAGACACGGCGACGAGAUGGGAGACAUGAAGACUAAACAAACUGAAUUGGGGAGUCCAACGGCGUCAAAACAACACAGUGAGGGAAAACACACAGGCUGGAAGCACAGGCCAGCUGGCAGCACAGAGACGGAGACCACAGACCUAGGCCCUCAGGAGAAGCCUGUGGCUGAGCUAAAACACAGUCUCUCUGGGUACCACAUUGAAGAUGAGGAGGAUGAAGACCAGCAGAGUGGCCAGGGAUGCUCUAACCUCAACCCUGCUAAGACAUCCUGUCCUGGCCCGACCCAGUUCAACGUCACCCUGCUCAACUACAUGGACCCAGCAGCUAUGAGCCAGCUGAAAGAAGAGCCGUAUUAUGGGAUGGGUAAGAUGGCUGUGGGCUGGCACCAUGAUGAGAACCUGGUCAGCUUAUCUCCUGUGGCCGUCUACAGCUACAGCUGUCAUGACGACGACAAAGCAGGUGUGAGCUCGGAGGAGGGUCCUGCAGAGAAGGGCUGCUGGAGGAUUGGUCUAAAGGUGGCCUGGGACAUCCACACCCCUGGACUGACCCUCCCACUGCAGUCCGGAGACUCCUACUACCUUAGAGAUGACCUGAACAGGACCCAUCAGCACUGUGUUCUGGCUGGAGACUCAGCCCGCUUCAGCUCUACACACAGAGUGGCGGAGUGUUCCACCGGGACCCUGGACUACAUCCAGUCCCGCUGCCGGGAGGCCCUGUCUAACCUGAGCACAGACCCAGAAACAGGGACCCACAGCCUGCUGUCUCUGCUGCCAGCUACCCUGCAAGGCUACGAGGAGAUACACAAUGAGGUGGAGUUUGAGUGGCUGAGGCAGUACUGGUUCCAGGGCCAGCGUUACACCCGGUUCUGCAGCUGGUGGGCCAGACCCAUGGAGCAGCUGGAGAAUGACUGGAGAGAGAUGGAGCUCAUGACGCAACUCUUACUGGCAGCGGUAGAGGAAGAGGGACAACCGGAGGAGGGCAGGAGAGAGAUGGCAGAGACCCUGCUAACUGCCCUGACAGACAGACAGCAGCACAGACAGACCUGGAGAGACAGGUGCCAUUCCAGCCUGGCCCAGACCCUGCCCCCAGAAGAGGCCCCCGUGGACCGGCCGUUUUGGGCUGACGACGACCCCAGCAUGCCUCUGCCCUUUGACCUAGCUGACAUCAUCAACAGGGUGGAGUCACUCCUCUGGAGGAUGUGACGGAUGGGACACAAAAUAAAGAGAAGGAGAAAGAGAGCGAGAGAGUCACCCCGUCAUCUGAACAGCCUCUAUCGUGAGGACAGACGACAGAGGAGGACCUACCAACUCCUGAUGGUGUCAACGUCCUCCAAUGGGGGUAGACUUCCCCACCCCAGCCCACCCUGGACCCCUCCCAACCCUGUACCUCGCCCCACCCCACCCAAACCAGUCUCAUCUAGCUUUGCUUGGAUUGACUCAACAUGGCUGCAACAUGAGGAUGGAACCCUGAGUAGUGCUUUGCUAACAUGCUAUAGCUGGUAUUGGAACUUGUCUCACAAUGGUAACGUGGAUAACCUGCAGAAUUAAAACUGAAUGUGUAGGAAUGUAUUAUUUCAAUCAAUGUUCUGUUUCUUUUCUACAUAUAACCAGCUUUGUGUAUGGAUAUGACAAAUAGUCAUACAGAUGUAGGAUCUUAAUUUGACCAGUUUCUCACAGCAGCAACAGGAAAUUACAACAGAUUAUAAUUAAUGAACAUUUUUGUAGGGGUUGAAAUUUCCUGCAACAACAGGGUGAUCAAAUUAAAAUCCUAUAUCUGUAGUAGAUUUAUACUUUCUGUUUCUAACUCAAUGUUGUUCUAAUUAUACUGUUGUAUCCUAAUGUCCAUUCACUUCCUGUAUUUCACAACUUUCUUGUUCAGAAUCUCCCAGGGCAUGACUGUGUUACUAAGAUGUGACUGUGUGUGUGUGUGUGUGUGUGUGUGUGUGUGUGUGUGUGUGUGUGUGUGUGUGUGUGUGUGUGUGUGUGUGUGUGUGUGUGUGUGUGUGUGUGUGUGUGUGUGUUUGGUUGAAUGUGUGUGGUUGAAUGUGUGCCACUGCAGUAUUUACAGUAUGUGAUAUUGUAUAUGUGUGAAGCAGUAUGAUAGGGAUAGGGCCUGUAGCAGGGCUGGGAGAUGUUUGUGUUAGAGAGGAAAGGACAUGAGAGUCUAGUAGGCAGGUCUCUGUCUGCAGGCAUGUCUCUAGUCUGCUCUGUAGGGCUGAAAGGCAGCCCAGGCAGACAGCUAAUGUAGGGCUGAAAGGCAGCCCAGGCAGACAGCUAAUGUAGGGCUGAAAGGCAGCCCAGGCAGACAGCUACUGUAGGGCUGAAAGGCAGCCCAGGCAGACAGCUACUGUAGGGCUGAAAGGCAGGCCAGACAGACAGCUAUUGUAGGGCUGAAAGGCAGCCCAGGCAGCCAGUUUAUGUAGGGCUGAAAGGCAGCCCAGACAGACAGCUACUGUAGGGCUGAAAGGCAGCCCAUGCAGACCGUUUAUGUAUGGCUGAAAGGCAGCCCAGGCAGACAGCUACUGUAGGGCUGAAAGGCAGCCCAGGCAGACAGCUACUGUAGGGCUGAAAGGCAGCCCAGGCAGACAGCUACUGUAGGGCUGAAAGGCAGCCCAGGCAGACAGCUACUGUAGGACUGAAAGGCAGCCCAGGCAGACAGUUUGUGUAGGGCUAAAAGGCAUCCCAGGCAGACAGCUACUGUAGGACUGAAAGGCAUCCCAGGCAGACAGCUACUGUAGGACUGACAGGCAGCCCAGGCAGACAGUUUGUGUAGGGCCGAAAGGCAGCCCAGGCAGACAGCUACUGUAAUGCUGAAAGGCAGCCCAGGCAGGCAGUUUGUGUAGGGCUGAAAGGCAGCCCAGGCAGGCAGUUUGUGUAGGGCUGAAAGGCAGCCCAGCCAGGCAGUUUGUGUAGGGCUGAAAGGCAGCCCAGGCAGACAGUUUGUGUAGGGCUGAAAGUCAGCCCAGGCAGGCAGUUUGUGUAGGGCUGAAAGGCAGCCCAGGCAGGCAGUUUGUGUAGGGCUGAAAGGCAGCCCAGGCAGGCAGUUUGUGUAGGGCUGAAAGGCAGCCCAGGCAGGCAGUUUGUGUAGGGCUGAAAGGCAGCCCAGGCAGGCAGUUUGUGUAGGGCUGAAAGGCAGCCCAGGCAGACAGCUACUAUAAUGUGUGGCUGAUAGAAGGAUCCCCCCCUACAGUUUGUGUAGGGCCGAAAGGCAGCCCAGGCAGACAGCUACUGUAAUGCUGAAAGGCAGCCCUACACAAAGGCAGGCAUCCCCAUCCUAACUGCCACUCUCUCUUCAUAAUUGCAGCUGUUCAAUGGCUUUUAAUUAGUCUUAAAGCGUGUAGAGCACCACUUUCCCUGUAUCGCUGCAGGCCAGAAACUCAGAUCCACGGCUUCUGACAAAACCAACCAGGAAAGAGAAGCUAUGGGUGAAAUGUGAUGGUUGUCAAAGCCAAGCAGAGCAGCCUUCUUUUUUAUUUUUUGAUAACACUUUAUUUCAGGGAUCAUCAACUAGAUUCAGCCACGGGACGAAUUACAAAUGACUUGUAGACUGCAAAUUUACCCCAAGAAGCCCAAACAGAUAUAAUAUUUGACUAUAACGUAAUCAUUUCAAAGCUUGCUUACAUUUGUACACGAUUAAUUGUCUCUCUAUUAUGCGUGGGAAUACUUGGGAAUUAUAGAAAAGUUAUUCUUAUUUUAUUUAUUUUUUGCUUAGAAAACCUGGGUGUGAAAUAAAACCAACGCCGGCUACCAGUUGUGCAGCUGCUUUCUUUGACCUGGCCACCAUAAUGCCUUUAUAACAAUGUUGUAAACAUGUCAUAACGCUUCAUAGCUUGGGUCAUUGUGAUAACUGAAGCUUAAUGGCAUGUGUUGACAAGUUAUGACUCGUGGUAUGAAGCUUUAUAACAUGGUCAGGACAUUUUUAUGAAGGUUAUGAAGAGAUCAUGGUGUUUAGUUCAAAUGAAGUGUUACCAAUUUCUUUAUAUAUCUAUCUAUAUCAACAGGAAGUAGAACUGAUAUAUAGUGUUAAAAAUGUUUUUUUUAACUUCUGGAAGUUUUUCCAAUUUCAAAUGUUAAAGGUUGCCAAAAUGUUGUUCUCUUGCUGAAUCUUUUUCUAUGUUGACUGAGGUUGAGAUUGUAGACUGGCUGUAUUGUUGAGUUGAACAACUAUGUGCUCUCUGUUUCACAGCUCAGCUUGUCUGUCUGAAGCUUUAGGAAGGCAGUAAAUAAACCAAGACAGUGUUUUAUGACCCUC